AUGCAGCGUUUCAGGAGAGCAUUCCACCUCCUGCCCAGGGCGCAGGCUAGGCUAGCUUCCUCUUCAGCCCUGAAAUCAGAUACCCAGACUCGACCAGAUGACUUCUUUCACUAUACCUCCGGCCGUUGGCUGUUCGACGAACAGCAACAGUUGGCAAAAAGACACGUCAAAUUCAAUCCCCAAGCCCUCCAGAAAGUGGCUGGCCAACUGCGCAACACUCAAUGUGUCCAAAUGACCAAACUCCCCGAGGGGAUGCAUAACAAGGUCUUUUCCUUGAAGAUGGAGAAUGGCGAGGAGAUACUCGCCAGAAUCCCAAAUCCUAAUGCUGGUCAUCCGCGAUGCGUGGUCUCGAGUGAAGUGGCUACGCUUGAUUUUCUUCGCAGUAUCCUUGGUUUACCCGUUCCUACAGUCUUGGAUUGGAGCUCUGUUUCGAAUCCAGUGGGUGCUGCGUACAUUCUCAUGGAGAAAGCAAAAGGCCGUCAGCUGAGUGAGGUCCGGGAUACCAUGUCCACAGCCCAGAAAUUCGGUUUGGUAAAGAGGUUGGUAGAGAUUGAGAGACGGCUGGUGAGCACCAGGUUUGCACGCCAUGGUAGUCUGUACUACAAGGACAGCUAUCCAGAUGGGAACGACAUUUUGGAUUCGACUGAGAUGCCUAAAUCGGAGAUGAAAGCUAUCUCAAAGUUUGUAGUAGGACCAACCACAGAGAUAUCCUUCUGGGAGGAUGAAAGACGUGAACUUGACAUUGAUCGUGGCCCAUGGAAAACAACAGAGGAAUACCUUACGGCUAUUGCACAUCGCGAGAUUGCUGUUAUCCGAAAACUUAACGCCACUUCCUGCCUGGAUAAAGCAUCACCUGAGAAACAUAUCCAACUCCUUGAACAAUUCAUGACUGUGCUACCGUAUAUACUCCCUUUCGAAGACGUUUCCAAUCCUGUUCUUCUACACCAUGAUCUUCACACAGAAAAUAUUUUCGUCGAUGAAACCGAUCAUACAAAAGUAUCCAGCAUAAUUGAUUGGCAGGAAGUGUACGCAGCUCCAUUAUUUCUACAAGCACGGUUUCCAUCAGUAUUUGACUGCGAUGAUCCAUAUCCAUGGGGUAUUAUCAAGCCAGAACUGCCCGAUGAUUUUGACAUUCUUUCACAGCCCGAGAAGAAUAUGGAGGAAGAGAGACUUGACAGGUUACGACUAAAGAAAUUUUACGAAAUAGCAUCGAGGAAAUUCAACCCAGCUCUUGUCCAGGCUAUGGAUGCCAUGGCAGAUGGGGAUGAUCCGACGACAUUCAUCUUCCAUCUCAUUGGACACUCGGCUGCUAAUGGUCCGAUUCCUCUUCAGGAGCUUCUUAUACAAAUACAUGAAAAAUGGAUUCAGGUCCUAGCAAGGCGAGGAAUAUCAGCGCCAUGUCCAAUUUCAUUUUCAGAAGAGGAAAGUGAGAAAUAUAGACAGCAGGUAGAUGAAUGGGCAGAGGCUUAUAAUGAGUUCAACAGUCUGCGAAUAGAAGUCUCAGGGAAAGAUGGAUGGGUUUCACACGAAGAGUACGAUGAAGCGAUGGAAAAAUUUAAGCAGAACAGGGCGAGGUUAGAAAAACUCGAAAAACGGUUAAAGGGGAUUUAUAGCUGUGUAUAA